AUGGCUGCUUCACAACAUGGGACCACUCUCAUCCUCACCCCCCAAGGGCUUGCUGAAUCUGACUCUGACUUCUAUAAACCCCCCAAGUAUAAGUCACCUCCCUACAAGAAACCACCAUACAAGAAACCACCAGUGUAUAAGCCACCAGUGUACAAGCCCAAACCAAAGCCAUACAAGCCACCUUAUGGUAAGCACCCACCAGUUGAAGAAAACGACCACUUCUAA